AAAUUACUACUUCUAAAAAAAAAAAAAAAAAAAAUAGAAAAUUAAAAAAAUUAUUCCCCCCUGAGGAGCGGGAUAGGCUUUUUUUCCCCCCUCAAGAGGUUAAGAUACCCCCCCGCCCCGCUCCUUCCCCCCGCCUCCCAGCCAACUCCCACCGCCCCUGAGGGGAGGCGGGCGGCCGCCGUACCUGCCGCCCUCUGCCCGGGGAGGAGCGCGCCGCGCCCCGGCCCCACGGCACCGGCACCGGCGGCCGCCGAGCAGGACUUUGUCUAAGUGUGAGCGCAGCACUGUGGCAGUGACACUGUAGAAGGAGACCUGUGGGAAGCUUUUGGAUCAGAGCUUGUCUACAUCUGGUGCCUGGGCAAGGACAUAGACUUCGUCUAUAUUUUUCAUAACUGCGUGAAGCUAGAAAACCUAACGGAUGCCUGUGCCGCCGCCGCCGCCACCACCUCCUCCUCCACCACCACCUUCUGGAGGGCCCCCUCCACCACUGCCUCUGGCAAGUUCAGAGAUACCAAAACUGCGGAAGGAAGACCAAAAAGCACGAAACGCACUGUUAGCUGAUAUCCAGCAGGGAACACGCCUAAGAAAAGUGACUCAAAUCAAUGACCGCAGUGCACCACAGAUUGAAAAACCCAAAGGAACUAACAGAGAUGGAGUUAAUCCAGCUAUUAACAAAGGCGGCUCUCAGCAGCCUCUGGGAGGCUUGUUUGCUGGUGGCUUUCCUGUUCUCAGACCAGCAGGCCAGAGGGACAUGCCGGCUGGGAGGCCUGGGCAGCUUCCUGGAGUCCGAGCAGCAGCUCCCAAGCCCUCCGCCCCACCGAACAGCAGCGUUGCGAAGGCGAGCAGUAACCCCUCGCAUCCAGCCGAAGGCCCAAGGGCAGCUGUCCUGCCAGAGCCCCCCAGCAUCUCCCGAGCCGGAGCCAGCCCUGGGCGUCCCAGCCUGCCCACCCCGCCUCCACCACCUCCUGCUUCCAGCAAACCUUCCCUCACUUUCCCUCCUCCUCCCCCUCUCCCCCCUCCAGCCGAACGCCCUCCCAAGGGGGUGUCCCCCAAUGCUCCUACUCAGCCCCUGCUCCCUCCUCAGCCCCUGCUCCCCCCUCAGCCCCCUCUCCCUCCUCCUCAGGCUGACAAACCCACCAAGUUUCAAGCAGGUGCUUCACAGCUGCCGCCGCCUCCUCCUCCUCCUCCCCUGCCACUCAUGCCCCCCUGCGGGUUUCCAGGCAGGACAACUGAUUUCUCUGCUGCUGCUUCCUCUCCAUCUGAAGGAAGGGACUGUCCACCACCCACACUGCCCCCCCUGCCUCCUCCUCCUCCGCCACACACGCACUCCCUGACCUCAAACAGGCUCUCCUUUCCACCCUCCCCAGCCUUUAACAGCGCUCUCAGCAGUGCUGACGUGCCCCCUCCGCUGCCCCCCAAGUCUCCCCACUUGCUGUCACAGUUCCAUAAGCCAAGCAGUAUUCAGUCGCUGCCGCUUCCUCCCACCCCCGGACUCCCUCAGCCCGCAGUGGUGGCCGAGACUAGGAAGAAGAGACCUGGCCGAGGCGCAGGAACUGGUGCUGGGAAGCUGGCCGUUCCUCCGCAGCCACCAGCAAGAUCACCAACAACUGAACUCACAAGCAAGUCUGGAGUCUCAGCCUGGGCUACAGCUCAUGACCCCUACCCACCACUUAAAAAUGGAAAUAUGCACAUCAUUGAUGACUUCGAAUCUAAAUUUACUUUCCAUUCUGUGGAAGACUUCCCCCCACCUGAUGAAUUCAAGCCAUUUCAGAAAAUAUAUCCCAGCAAGAUAGCUAGAGAUCCCUCUAAAAAUCCUCCAUUAAGAACACAUGUGAGAUGAGUCUUCUGAUGCUCUCUGGAUUGGUAUUAAAAAAGAACAUCAAGACAAUAUAUAAAGCAGAAGGGGUCCCCACUACAGCGACAGCGAUUAUAUUUGAAUUGCGAGUGCUACAAUGUUGACAUCUCUAUGAACUGGAAAAGCAAUGUAAAUGAUACUUUUUGACCUGGCUGACAUGCCAGAAUGUCAGCACAGGCUUUUAAAUUGUUGUAUAUAGGUGGAUAUUUUUUAAGCAAAGCAGCAUCAAAUUUAAAUUCUUUGUAGUGUUGAAACAAUUCUCAUUCUUACCACGCUGACAGAUGCUACCUUAGAAUACUUUUCGUAUUACAUGCCUGUAGUUCAUUUUUCCCCUUCCAUCAUCAGUUUUAAGUAUUUUGGAAAUUCUCCAGUUCUUAUUCAGACAUUUUUCAAUGAACCAGCAGAAACUAAUGUGAUACUUCUUUUAGCCUCUUUGUAUGUUUCCUCACUUCUAUUCCCCCUAUCCUCGGAUGGCAGCAGAAUGUCGCUCUCCUGAACAGAUGGGCCCGCAAUCCUUUUCUCAUCAAGCAUGAAGAGGAAGGAGAUUACAAGUUGUGGCUGCUGUUGAGCCUACCUCCUACUGAUUACAGAGCCUUAUAGGAUAGUGUCUGAAGAAGCCCAGCUGGGUAGGGUGGUCAUGGACUUGACAACGACAGAACUUUUCCAAACUGGAGGGAAAUAAAUUUGUUCUACUGUAAGACACACAAAAAAAACCCCCCAAACCUGCUGUGUGUGACUGCACGUGCCAUGAUGUACGUAAGGGCGUGUCCUGUCUUCUCCUGUUGGCAAAGUGGAUGUUACCAGUUUCUCUGACAGCCUAUCCUUACCCAGCUGUUAGGAGACCUUUGGCUGAGGGGUCCAACGCUUACCUUUUAAACAGGCUGCUAGAGCUACUGUUGUUCACCCACAGCAGCAGUGAGGAUUCAUUGUCCAAAAGACAGAGUAUGAAAGAAGGAGUCCCCAAAGUGAUUGUUCCCGUGAAUAGAGUUGGUUGGAAAAAAGUAACAGCCUAGCAGCGGACAAGUCUUGGAGCUUCCACUUUUAAUAUGCAGCCUGGGGUAAGGGCUUUGGAUCACAGAUGUUCAGCUCUGGUCAUACGAUACCUACUUCCAGCAAGAAUUACCCUUAUUCUUGUGCAUUUCACUGCAUUAGGUGGAGUGAUGCCAGCAGGUUGAGGGAGGCGAUCCUUCCCCUCUACUCAGUACUGGUGAGGCCACACCUGGAGCACUGGGUCCAGUUCUGGGCUCCCCAGUACAAGGGAGACAUGGACAUACUGGACAGAGUCCUACAAAGGGCCACAAAGAUGAAGAAGGGAGAGGAGCGUCUCUCCUGUGAGGAGAGGCUGAGAGCGCUGGGACCAUACGGCCUGGAGAAGAGGAGGCUCAGAGGGGAUCUCAUCAAUGUGUAUAAAUACUUGAAGGGAGGGUGUGAAGACCGAGCCCAGCUCUUUUCCGGCAUACCUGUGACAGGACCAGAGGCAGUGGGCACAGACUGAAACAUCAGGAAACACUUUCUUACUGUGGGGGGUGACAGAGACAGAGCACUGGCGCAGGUUGCCCAGGGAGGUUGUGGAGUCUCCAUGCUUGGAGAUAUUAAAAAGCUGCCUAGAGGAGGUCCUGAGCAACUGCCUGUAGGUGGCCUUGCUUGAGCAAGGGAUGUUGGACCAGAUGACCUCCAGAGGUCCCUUCUAACUUCAACCACUCCUUGAUUCCUCUUCUUACAGCUUUCCAGGGUUCACCAGCUUAAGCAAGGGCACUGCUGUUGCACUGGUGCUAACAGCCAGGUAAUUUACAGUUAUGGUAUUAUUUAUGUAAUUGCCAUAAAUUCCCCUCAGCUGCAGCUGUAGUAAACAUUAUCAAUCUUUCCACUGGCCCUGCCUUUGAACAAAAGGAUUUGGAAAAGACAGGUAACUGCAUCUUUACAGAUCUCUGCUUUUCUCUUAGUUCUUGCAACAGCUCCAUUACGCUCUAACUCCUACUCCCGCACCCAUGCUUGCUCAUGGUGUGGAGAUGGUGUAAGGGUAAGAAGCUCUUUACCUGUAGGACUCUUCAGAAAGCAUUAUUAGCCUUUUCUAGCCUGCUGUGAUACCUUGUUGUUCAUGUGAAAAGAAAAAAAAGUGAUGCUUUGACCAAUACUUACUGUCACACCAUUACUGUAGUUACUUGAUAAAUAUGCAUGAAUACACUAGCAAGCAGGGGUCAGCAUAUACACUGCUUCUCAAACAACUGGAGAAGUUUAAUACUGCUUUGAAGAAAAUUUUGUUAUAGUACUAUUAAAGGUGACUUAUUGUUGGUUCUCA